GUUAGCCGCGUGCUAACGGCUCUGAGAGGAUUUCUGAAGGCCGCGCGCUCAGAUUAACCCCAAACCAGAAUAUAAUGAGCCAGACAAAUAUUAAAAUCAAUGUCUUACGGUAUAUAUCAGACUCUUAAGAUUAGCUAAAUGCGGCAACGUUUCCUCUUGAAGCGCUUCAGUUUAAUGUUUGUGUCCAUGAAGGGGAGUAAUGACGUCAGCAGGACGACGUCACGGCUAGAUAACAGACUAUCAUGAGCACCUUUUAUCAGAAAUUACGAUUUAUUUUAUUAAUUAGUUCAUUCUAAACAAAAAGAGCUGUUAUGCUUAACUAUAUUGUUAUCAAUAAGUAGAGAAAUUAGGCAUAUUUUAGAAUAAUGAAGAAUAGAAAAUAUAUCCCAUUGUGCCUACUAAAAAUUGUAAUGUUGUUAUUAUUGUUAAUAUUAGUGAUAGAUCAAUAUGACGUCAGUGUCAGUUAAUUCGCUGAUAUUUGUGACAGCCUUGUCAGUGGAUUCUAUUGUAAAAUAUUAGUGAAUAUGUAUAUGUGUGGGCAGUUGGAAAAUAUCUUUAGUAAAUGAUUAUAUUUAAAAGAUUAAAUUUAUACAUAAAGCAUCUUCAGCCUCCUCUCUAGGUGUCAGCUAUUAUGUAUGAAAAGUAAUUUCCCCGAAAUGGAUGCAAGCGUUAAAUCUGAAGGAGCAGUGCCAAGAGGAAAUAUGACUUUUAGAUUUGUGUUGUGAUUUUGAUCAGCUCAAGAGGAUUUUGCUUAAGAUGAGUAAACAACAGAAGGGACUUCUGAAUUUGUUAAAUUGAGUUUUACUGGCUGUAAGAAAUCUCACCCUCCGUGUGAAUGAAGCGACUGUCUGUGUGAAUGCUGAGAUGAAUUCAUAUGCUUCCCGUACAUUUGUUUCAUACAGACUGAACAAUUGUGGCCCCUUUAUUCUAUUCAUUAAGGUUCAGUGUAUGUUUGCCAGCCUACAUCUGCAAGGGAGUUGCAGAAAAGCCUCAUGUUCAUCGAGCCGAGAUGAGACGAGACAGCGGGUUAAAUUCACAGACGAGCGCGUCUGCAAAUCGCACCUGCUCAACUGCUGCCCGCAUGACAUCCUCUCUGGAACGCGCAUGGACCUUGGCGAAUGCUCUAAGAUCCAUGACCUGGCGCUGAGAGCAGACUAUGAGAUCGCGUCUAAAGAGAGAGACCUGUUCUUCGAACUGGAUGCGGUGGAUCACCUGGAGUCGUUUAUUGCUGACUGUGACCGCAGGACUGAGUUGGCCAAGAAGCGUCUGGCUGAGACACAGGAAGAGAUCAGCGCUGAGGUGGCCGCAAAGGCAGAAAAGGUUCACGAGUUGAACGAGGAGAUCGGGAAGCUGCUGGCGAAGGCUGAACAGCUCGGCGCUGAGGGGAAUGUGGAUGAAGCCCAGACAGUUCUACAGGAGGUUGAGAGAGUCCGAACUAAGAAGAAGGAUGCAGAGGAAGAGUACAGGAACUCUAUGCCUGCCUCCAGUUUCCAGCAGCAGAAGUUGCGCGUCUGUGAGGUUUGCUCUGCCUAUCUUGGUCUCCAUGACAAUGACCGGCGUCUCGCUGACCACUUUGGCGGCAAACUGCACCUGGGCUUCAUUCAGAUCAGAGAGAAGCUGGAACAGCUGAAGAAAACUGUGCAGGACAAACAGGAGAGACGGAACCAGGAGCGACUGAGGAGGAGGGAAGAGCGGGAGAAAGAGGAGAAAAUGAAAAAACGGACUAAGUCACGCAGCCGAGAACGCAAGAGGUCUCGUUCUCGCGAUCGUGAUCGAGAGCGCAGACGCCGACGUUCCCGUUCCGCAUCGCGAGAGAAGCGCCGUUCCCGCUCUCGCUCCAAAGAGCGCGACAGACGCCGGCGGCACCGAUCUCGAUCCAGAUCCCGCUCGCGCCACAGCCGAGAACACUCACACAAGUCUUCACGGGACCGUGAUCGCGAGAGGGACAGCAAACACAGUUCCUCCGAGCGGAGAUCCGACGGGCUGAACGGGAGGACGGAGUCUCGCCGUCACGAUGACAGAGAGGCUGGAGAGAUCUGAAUCAUCUCACUCUACCACAACAAACACAGCGCGCUCAGACAUAUACCCACUUUUUAUUUAUCAUGUUUGCUUGGUCCGUAGUAAACUGCCCUCGCCUGGUUUCAUUACAGUCUUUGUAGUCUUUAAUAUCUGAGUCCAGUGAGACUUAAACCUGUCGGAUUCACUCUCAAAUAUUAAAAUGACAAAUGUGUGUGGAGGUUGUUUUUUUUUUUUUUUUUUUUUUAGUUUUGUUACUUUUCUCAAAAGUAUGUACUGCCACUUUGUUUUUUUUUUGCCCGUCUAUUUUGGAUUGUGAUUUUAUUUUGUACUGUUUGUCCCGAGUGGACGUGCAUGUGUUGCCGAAGGCUGUUCUGAGGUCAGUUUAAAUCCCCUUUCUUUAAAUCUAGCUGCAGUAUUCCCCCAUAGAGACCGAGAGAGACUCUCUCUGUAUCAGUAGCAGAGGCGUAGGAGUUUAAUAAAUCUAAACGAGUGAAUCCGUCAUGGCGCAUUGUUUCAGAUUUACCAUGUACAUGAUCUUUUAUAAGGCUGUUUUGAUUUCACCUUGUCCUUAUCAAAGUGCAUUAAAUGGUUUUAUGAAUUUAAA